AUGCCUGCCACUCUGGCCGGAUUCCAUAAACAACAGGGACUUCAGCAGGCUUCAACCAAUCCAGACCUGCAGUCUCGUUACUCACAGCAUGGUGCUGCGGGCCUUAUGGCAAAAGAGAAUUUGAAAGAGGAUAAUGAGGUAUCUCUGCAGGUGUUUACUAGGACAGUGAUUCUCAACCAGGGGGGCCGUGGAGGAGUGCCACCCCCACCAGCAGGUGUACCAAGAGGGGCACCAGCUCCCAGGGGAGUACCUCCCAGUAGAGGUCCAGUCAGUCGUGCUCGUGGACUUCUAGCCCCCCGAGCAAGAGGAGUACCUCUACCUGCAGGCUACCGGCCUCUGCCACCACCUCCAGCGCAGGAGACAUAUGGAGAAUAUGAAUAUGAUGAUGGAUAUGGCACUGCUUAUGAUGAGCAGGGCUACGACUCCUAUGAUAACAGCUAUAGCACCCAGGCACAAAGUGGAACAGAUUACUAUGAUUAUGGACAUGGACUUAAUGAGGAAACGUAUGAUUCGUAUGGGCAAGAAGAAUGGACCAACUCAAGACACAAGGCACCUUCAGCAAGGACAACAAAGGGAAUCUACAGAGACCAGCCAUAUGCCAGAUACUGAUUGUACUGUCUGAUGUUGUGAAAUAUCCAAUCUCCACCAGUCCUGUAUACUGUUCCAAGUAAUUUUUUUCUAUAAACAAUCCCUUUUUAGUAAAUCAAAGUGCUUAAAAAUUGAACGGCUGGACUGAACUUAAACUAUUUUGUUGUAAGAACAACCUGGACAGAAAGAUAUGUAAAACAAGGAACUUUGUUAUUUCUAGACUGUAUUUGAAAAAUAGGUGAUCAAAAAAAAAUAACCUCUGAUUAACUAGUGUUAAACAAAAACUAGGUUUACUAAAUAUGUUAAUCCAUUCUUUUAACAUAAGCGUAACCUUUUAUUUUAAAGGUUUUCAGCAAUUUAGUUCUUUUAGUUUUAUUUUUCAACCAUUUUGCUAGUUUUUUCUCUUGCAAACAUGCGUAAAAAGGGAAGCAAAUUACAAAUGCAAAUAAUGUGGUAUUUUGUAACUCAAGUCUUGAAAUGUUCUGUAGUGUUAAGCAAAGUUUACUCUUGCUUGAUACUAAAUAAACUUUUGAAAGAAAAUCAGUGUGUGUGAGAGUAAUUUU